CUCACGCGCGCGCUGGAGCCGAAUAGUAGAGACAGUCAGAGAGACAUCGAGCAUCGGAGAACCGACGGCAUGGCUUCGUCUCAUGGGAAGAGCGAACUCCGUAAUGCGGACUGGAUGUCAAGUUUACCGGAAAGCAUGCACAGCAUUCCUCUGACUAAUCUCGCCAUACCGGGUUCCCACGACUCCUUCAGUUUCUACAUCGAUGAGGCCUCACCCGUAGGGCCGGAGCAGCCUGAGACGGUGCAGAACUUUGUGUCUGUGUUUGGCACUGUCGCCAAGAAGCUGAUGAGAAAAUGGUUGGCUACGCAGACCAUGAACUUCACCAGCCAGUUGGAAGCAGGCAUCCGCUUCUUUGACCUCCGUAUAUCCACCAAACCCAGAGACCCCGACAACGAGCUCUUCUUUGCACACGGCCUGUUCAGCGCCACCGUGCGCGAAGGCCUCGAGCAGAUCACCACCUUCCUGGCCUCGCAUGCUCGCGAAGUUGUAUUCCUGGACUUCAACCACUUCUACGGAGUACAGAACCUCCACCACGAGAAGCUGGUCCAGAUGUUGCGCACCGUCUUCGGGGACCGGCUCUGCCCGGUGGUCUUUGCUCAAGAGGUGAGCCUGAAGUACCUUUGGGAGAAGGAGUAUCAGGUGCUGGUCUUCUAUCACAAUCCCAUGGCUCUGGAGGUUCCUUUCCUAUGGCCGGGUCAGAUGAUGCCGGCUCCUUGGGCCAAUACCACGGAUCCUGAAAAGCUCAUUCAGUUCCUCCAAGCCUCAGUGAAGGAUCGGAGACGUAAGGGGACCUUUUUUGUGUCCCAGGUGGUUCUCACACCUAAAGCGAGCACUGUCAUGAAGGGAGUGACCAGCGGCCUGAGGGAGAUCAUCACAGAGAGGGCUCUUCCUGGCAUGAUGCAGUGGAUCCGCUCACAGCGACCUGGAGAAAACGGAGUUAACAUCAUCACGGCCGACUUUGUGGAGCUGGGAGAAUUUAUCAGCGCCGUCAUCACCCUCAACUACUACCUGGAUGAUGAAGAAGAGAACGCCACCUGAAUCUCGAAUUUCCCUACUCGCUUGUGGUAUCAAUUACACUUGCUCUUUUACUAUUUGCCUUGUUAUGAUUUCAUUUCAUACUUCGAAACAAGCUCUGUUCGUCUCUGACAGUUUAGGGCUGUUAAACCUGCGAGGAUGAGAGUAGAGCGCAGACGGGUGGUCGGGCGGAAUAAUUUCAGGUUUUGUUUGAGGAUAAAUCGAACAGUGAUUUCACUUCUUUCUGGACCAAAAGAUGGCUGGCUUUUCCCCAUAUUUCUCUAUUUCACUAAUUCACACGCUUAAAACCUAAAUUUCUGACUUCUGCUUCUGAUCGAGUAACAGUAACUCACUUCAUGGGAAAUAAAUAUCGUUUGUACAGUGAAUGUGACUCUAUAGUAGCUUUAUUUCUAGUGGUAGUAGUAACUAGUAUGAUUGUCACGUUGUAAAUACUUAUAAACCUGAAUUGUUUCUCGGCUUACUAUUUGUCAUACAUUACGAGUUGAGGUUCCCUUGAGGGCCUCAGUCUGGUCUUACGAUGUUGAAGAAGUGAACUAUUAGAUGUUUGUAUUCACAACCAAAAAUCGCAGAUGUAUGUUAAUAAGAGUUUUGCCAUCAUUAAUACUAACAGGUUAGGCUUUGUAUCAACAUUUUUGUAGUAUAGUCCAGAAUACUGCAACAAAUCUUUUUGUAUCCGUGAAGAAUACUAUAUAUAUUUGUUUGCGUGUGACUGAGGACUGUUAAAAAGCAGACAUUGACGUUUACUGACCAGUUAGAUCCAAAUGCAGUACAGAAAAAAACAAUAGUUGUCUUUUAGUGCGAUGAAAUAUCCCAUUGAAAUUCAUUACAUAAAGGGGUAGUUUCAUAUUAAAUUCAUCAUCCUGUUUGACUUUCUUUCUCCUGCAGAACACAAAAGAAGAUAUUGUGAAGAAUGUUGGUAACCCAACAACGGUGGUACCCAUUGACUUGAAGUAAAAUGGGACCGCUAUUGUUCGGUUACCAACAUUCUUCAAAAUAUUUUCUUUUGUGUUCUGCAGAAGAAAGAAAGUCAUACAGGUUAAUGUCAAUGGUAAUGUAAAAAUACAAAUAAUUUGUACAAUAGUGUACAGUUGGCAUUUUAAUAUAAUUUACUGUUAUUUAAUAGUAAGGUUAUUUAUUUUCAGAUUAAGCUAACUAAUUGGCUAAAUCGCCAUCCAAAUGAAUUAAUUAUUAGAUUAUAAAAGAUACAAAAUAAUUUAAUUACCCAGAUGCCAAUUCAUUCAAUUUGUUCGGUAUGACAUCAUUAAACAAAGUGACUAGUUCACCUACGAACAUAAGAGUGGCUCAAUGAUUUGCGGGAUCAUUUAUUUAUUAAAGCGUUUGACUCAUGUUGAUUAAAAUGACAAUCCCACACAAUCCCACAGGCAAUCUCCAGCAUGGACCGGAGUGUAAAUGCAUUAAUCAUGCAUCUUUGUACAGUAUGAAACUGCAUGUAGUUGUCAAGGUCGAUGAGCUGUAUGUUUAGCAUUCCAUGACAAAUCUGGUGUACAAUAAAUGUAAAUACUG